UCCUUAUACCCUGCUGAGUGCUGAUUACUGUCGGUAAGACGGUUACUUUUGACAGGUUUGUUCGUUACGGGGAGUGAAGAAACUUCAUCCAAUACUUUAGAAGAUGGAUCUUGCACUAAAAAAACAUGCUGAUGAGAAUUCUUCGGUGGACAAAAAAGCGGAUGAUUAUAAGCAUCACUCAAUCCCUUCUAGAUUUUAUUAGUGCGGGAGAUUUCGAAUCAUAUUCUUACAAUGUGGAUACCUUUACCUACUGGAUGCUGAAAUUUUUUUGCAGAAAACUCUGUGAUCCUUCGCUUACUGCAUUUGAACCAGAGGCACUGGGGCAUCUUGUAACCGGGAUGGAUUUCCAUCAGUUUUACUUCGAUAAUCAUACACCGCGUGGAUCCAAGUCUGUUCAAACGUCCCUGGUGAAUCCGCAAGUUCACCUCCUAGGCGAGGAUGCGGCCUCGAUCGCCUACAUCCGUUUGAUCCAGACUACUGACAAAUCGGGUGUUGUAUCAACGCAGUCUUUUGAGGAGAGCCGUGUAUGGCAUAAACGCGAAGGACGCUGGCAGUUAGUGCAUUUUCAUCGUUCUGGCGGGCGUCUGACCACCAAGACACCGGCAUAAACUCUUUGAUUCGGGUAUGUUAUUACUCUUCAUACUAUGAUUUUUACUUACUGUUUUUGCUUUGAUGGUAAGAAAAUUAAAUUAUAUGCGUCACUUCCAUGGUAGAAACUGUUGCACUUCG